CUUCCGGCCAUCGCCGCGGCCGGCCCUCGUCUCCGCUCCCCAAUGCCGCCUCCGCCUCCGCCCCCGCCUCUCGCCCAGAGCAUGCCCCGUCCGACCGCGGCGGCCGCCGGGGAGGACCACGCGACGAUGGACGAGGCACGCCCAGCAGCAAGGUGUGAGAUAUGUGGGAGUGGAGAGAACCAGCAUGUUAUGUUCAGCUGCAUCCAGUGCAACGGCUGUCAACAUCGUUAUUGCCUGCUGGUGGUGGAGUUUGAAAUGAGAUAUGACUGGUGUUGCUCUGAAUGCAAAAAAAAGGCUAAUUGGGACCCAAAACCUAUUCAAGGUGAAAAAACAGAGUUUCAAAGGCCUGAGAAGAGUCACAGGAAUGUGGCCCAUCAAAUUGGUGUUAAAACACCCCAGAUAUAUGAAAAUUCUAAAGUGAAGUUCAUUCCCUGUGAAGAGGCCUCACUGUUGAGUAGAGAGAAGCCAGCAGUUCAUUAUACGCGAAGAUUUGUCGCGCGACGUAGUCAGGCUAAUCCUGCAUCUCUUCCUAAUCUGAAGUGCUCAUCCCCCAGUAGACAGGUUCAUCCUGCAUCUCCACGUAUGAAGUGCUCAUCCCCCAGUAGACAGGUCCAUCCCGCAUCUCCUCAAACUAUGAAAUGCAUAUCACCCAGUAGACAGGUUCAUCCUGCAUCUCCCCCAAACAUGAAACCUUCGUCCAGUAUGAAGAGCAUACUUCCCAGUAGACAGGGUCGCCCUCCAUCUCCUCAAAGUAUGAAACAGUCGUGCAGUAUGAAGUGUGUAUCUCCCAGUAGGAGUGAUGGUCAAGCAUUUUCCUUGAAACGAUGCGCUGUUGCAAGUCAAAACCCGAUAAAAGCUGAUGAUACAAAGAAGAGACAGAAAGUGCAGUCAGGUGCAACGAUUCCUAUGAUUCCACAUAAUACAAAAGGAGAAGUUACAAAAAUUGACCAGCAGCUUCAAGAUCAGCCUAAAGAAGAGAAGGUAGCCAAUGCAGAUAGAGGAAAAUGCAACUCCUGGGUAGACGAUCAACCUACUGGGAAAAGUGCACUCAAUGCUUCAGUGCUAACAGAUGCUGAUAGUGGAUAUGGAUCUGGAACAAAGAGUCUGCACAACAAUAUAGACAUGCCAGUGAUCAUCAGCUCAAGUGCAGAGUAUGCAAGACGCCCUCCACCAGAAGCACGUUGCUGGAAGGGAUGCUUUCUUCUCUCUGAUGGAGAAUGUUCUAAUCUUGGUGAAUUUAAAGCAUACUACCCAUCUGUAGUAUCAUCCAGAGUUUAUAAUAUAGCCAAGAAGAUGCCAAACAAUAUACAGUUGAAGAUAUCACCUCGAAUGAAUUACUGGCCAAAGACCUUUGACGAAUUCUGUCCAGUUUAUGACGACAUUGCCUUGAUAUUUUUCUCUGCUGAACUUGACUGUCAUAACAAAAAGCAUCCUCGUCGCUUGGACGCGUACAACAGUUUUGUCAUGAAGGCAUAUAUUGAUGACAUCAUGCUGUUGAUAUAUUCCUCGGAAGUGCUUCCACCUGAUUCUCAGUGGAUAGACGGAGAGACUUACUUAUGGGGAGUUUUUGUGAAGCCGAAGGCAAAGAGCAAUCAUGCGCACUUAGGUUCAGUUGCUACAUGACCUAGUGGUUUCUUUGGGCGUGAACUCAUCAGUAAAAGGGGCAGGCAGUCAAUUCGAGGGACGGCUGAGGACUCUCCAUCAUAUGCCAUAAUGCUUGCAUUAUGGCACAGAGGCAUUGGACUGGUUUAAUCCAUUCGAGCUCCUUGCUGAAGGAAGCUCGAAUGAACCAGCAUUGGUAGUUUGUAUAGAUUGUCAUGUCAGUGUAAUAUGUUAUUGUUACUCUGUAUGCUUGAUUUGCAGUGUCGUAUUGCUGCUAAGGUGGGGAAGUGUUAGGACUUGGAAAGAAAACCUGUGAUGCUAGCUAGUGACGUGCUGGAGAUGAUACUAGUAUUAUGAGGGUUGCCAAAUUAGGAAGAAAACUGGCACAUGCUGCUAUCCUAUGGAGUAUGGUUAUUAUAGACGUUGCUCCCAUGAAACA